GAGGAGUAGCCAACUGGGCCAGUAAGGUGAAGUUGUUAGUUAGCAUUGCUAAACUGGCAUAUGAAUGAAAAGUGAAACAGAAACACAUUUAUUUUGAAAGUAGUCACGUAAGUCAAGCAUUAGUACGGCACAUCGUCCAUAUUCUUGAAAUCGUGUCCAGCUGAGCACCAGAAACAAUUGGCCACGCUGACGUGUGAGUUCUGUGGUGAGGAAUUGGUGUUGGAGGAGGACAUGAAGACCCAUCUCCUCCUGAGCCACCCGGAGAAUGACAUGGUCUGCCCCCUCUGUUCCUGGUCCGGAGUCGCCUACGACGAACUCCGCUUCCACAUCAAUACCACACACAAAGAGAAACAGGACCAUGAUGGAGGAGGAGCAGAGGGUAGAGGUGUUCACAGUCUUGUCAGGCCCAGCUCAAGUCCUACUCCCACUACCACCAUAGUGGACAAUCACUACAAACAAGCCAUUGGUUUGUCUAGGUCUGAGGGUUCUGAAGGAGGAGUAGCCAAUGGGAACAUGUUUGACACCAUUGGAGGAGGGGUCUCACCCAGGACAUCCAAUAGCACACUGGAGUCUAAGGAGCAAAUUACUGAAGCUGGGGGGGAGUCCGGUGGAGGGCGAGCAGUGGCCAUUGUUGAACCCACCUCUUCAGUGUCUACAGGCUUUCUGAGAUCAGCUCAGGACUCCAGUAGGCCUAGUAGCAGACACUGUAAUGCUGAGGAGUCUGUGGGAGUGGGAUCCGCAGAGCACACCAAAGUCAAACAGAAGCGUUUCUCCUCCCCACUUCAAGAGAAGCGGUUUUCCUGUCCUAUGUGUGCUCUGGUCUGCACCGACGCCUUCAUCCUACAGGAACAUGUUGAAUUGCACUUGCUAGAAGAGAGCCCAGCUGAAGAGGCUGUCCUGGGGGCCACAUCUUCAACCGAGGCAGCAUCAUCCAGCAACAGCUCAGGUGGGAAGAGCUAUGUGUGUCCCCUGUGUUCUGUGGUGUGUGGAGACUGCUACUCCCUACAGGAACAUGUGGAGCUGCAUCUUGACUAUGGUACAGCCAAUAGUGCAGGGUUGAUUCCCAUGGUGUAUUCGAGAGAGGGAAUUGUGACUGACGCUGUGUGUGUUGCAGUGAGCCCUGGCUCAGACCUGAGGCUGGCCAGACGGCUGCAGGAGGAGGAAAAGCAGAGGAGGAAGGAACAGGAGGCGAAGCAGGAGGCAGAGGAGUUCAAGAAGCUGCAGAGGCAGUUUGGUGUGGACGGGAGGGGGGGCUACCGCAAACAGAUGGAGAGGACCACGGAGAAAGCCGUGUCUCGAAGUGUCAUGGUGCCUGCUGACUUCCACAACAAGAGAGAUGAGAUGAUGGAGGCUCUGACCUCAAGGGUCGACAAUGGCAGGACCAGAACGCAGGGUGUGCUGGGUGCUCUGUAUGUUUACUAUCAGAGGGAGGCCAGAGACUGUGUCCACGUGUGGCUGAGUGCUGACACAGACCACUACUGCUCAUCAGAGGGGGAUAAGGGCUGGGGAUGUGGCUACAGAAACUUCCAGAUGCUCCUGUCUUCUCUGCAAAGAAUGGCGCCCUACAGUACCAGUCUCUCAGAGGGGUCAGUACCCAGCAUCCCCCGGGUGCAGGUGUUGAUAGAGGGGGCGUGGCGGGAGGGGUUAGACCCACAGGGCGCCACCCACUUUAACCAGCGACUACAGGGCACACGGGCCUGGAUAGGAGCUACAGAGAUCUACGCUCUCUGCACCUCCCUCAGAGUCAGUGCCCGUGUUCUAGACUUCCACCAGGCCACGGGCCCAGGGGACACCCACCCCCGCCUCUUUGACUGGGUGAAGCAGUACUUCUCUCAGACUGCCACCAGAGGCGCCAGACUACCGCCCCGGGUGGUGCAGACCACACAGCCGCCCCUCUASCUCCAGCACCAAGGCCAUAGCCGCUCUAUAGUAGGAGUGGAACAGAAGAAGAAUGGCAGCCUGUGCCUGUUGCUCCUGGACCCUGGCUGUUCACCUGGAGAUGUGAGGAAACUGCUGAGCCAAGAUGGCUCCACUGUUAGCACAGCUGUCUGCCGCAUGAGGAAGUUCCCUGGCAACCUGAAACAUAGGCAGUACCAGGUGGUGGCUGUAGAGGGCGUGCUCUCCCCCGUGGAGAAACAGACCCGCAUUCUCAACUCAAGAACACUGCGAGCCGAGAGGAUCCCUUGAUGCAGGAAUGCAGUUUUGCAAAUGUAUAACUGCCAAAAACAUAUGUUGAAUUUUCUUGGACGUUUUAAAUAAAUUAUGUAUUUUAA